AUAAACGUCAAUUGACUUCGUCUAAUAAAAAAUACGACUAUACUACUAAAAACUACUACUACUCAAAGAAAUAAUAAACUGUCACGCCGAGGUAAACAACUUUUUAUUAAAAAAUCUUCAUAAUGCCACCUUUAAUAUUAGAAGAUGUGAGCUUAGGGCGAAAACAUAAGCAAUUUAACAAAUUAGUCAAAGAUGCAGCUAAUACAUCAUUAGAUGCAAUCAAUACUGAUGAGAGUGACCUUGAUAAUUUGUUAAAAAUAGAGAUAGCUUGCAAAACCAGGAAAGCAGAGUAUAUACUAGAAGUCUUUAAAUGUAAAGAUAUGCUAUAUAUCUCCAAAGCUAUUAAGCACAGCACAUGGUUAAUAAAAGACAAACAAUACUCUCAUUUCAUAAACCCAACAUACCUUCAUAAUGAAUUAUUCCCAAAUAUGUUGAAACGAGGCAUAAACAAACUCAUGCUACAUAUAAGACUAAAUUUAAAAGAUGAAAUAAGGGUUGAAGAAUUUUAUCAUUAUGUCAAAGAUAGACAACCUCAAGAUGCUUACAAAUGGUUACAAAACUGUUCUCUAGGCUUCAUAGAAACAGUAAUCAAAGAAGAAAGCAAUGACUUGCCAGUGCAUAUUCUCAAGCGUUUGUGCGAAAAGUCAUUUUCAAUAUUAAAGAUAUUUAAUGAGACAACUGGACGCUUCUAUGGUUCUACAAUGUCGAAAACAUUAUUUCUAAUAAAAAAAGAACCAGAGAAAUUUUUAGAUUUGCUUGAAAAUGUUCAAUAUUACCGGCUUCCAGCUUUUGGGCCAAAAUAUACCAAGAUUCUUAUGGAAAAAUGUCCACAACGAAUAUUAGAUAAUUUUCCAAAAUUUGCAAAAUGUGUAGACUGUGAAUGUUUUUCAAAAUAUUUAAAACCGGAUGAAAUACAAAGCUUUUUAUUAAAACAUGUCAAGAAUGAUGAACUCGAUUUCAUAUACACAUAUAAUAAUUUUAUACACUUUAUAAAACGCAUGCCUCAAAAAGGUAGAUUUGAAUUUAUACAGAAAAUUUUCAUUGAUAAAGACCUUAAAGAAGAGCUCGGCGAUUGUGACAGAUUAGGUGUUGCGAUGAGUUCUAAGCAGUCCAACAGUGUUCAAAAUUCUUAUGUAUGGUAUAAAUUUGCACCAUUUGAUGUGGCCUUUGUAGAGAUAAAGAAACUCAUACGUGCUGAAUCAUCACCCAUAGAAAGAAACUCUAUGAUGAUUGUUUUGCUUAAGUGUGCUGGAAAUAACUUGAAUGAUAUAAGAACAGUUCUCCAGUAUUAUCAUGACAAACAUAUUAAUGAACCUUUUAAAUUUAAGAUACAAUUUGUAAACACUGCUAUUUCAAAUAUCAAAGCUAUUAAAAAUCAUGAAACUUGGUCCCUCCUAAAUACACUCUUUCAUAGUAUGGAAGUAUAUGUUGAAUCUGAAAAUAAUGUGCAAAAAUGUAUUGAAAUUAUUAUUGUUCAUAAUGUUAUUGUUGGUGAAACAAAUCAAGAAAUUGUAAUUAAAAAAUUUUCUUUCAAUACAAUGAAAUCAUUUGCAAAGAUACUAAAUCAAGAAGAGAAAACAAAAUUGUUUAGUUUUCUAUAUGAUCACUUACAAACACAAUUAACUAGUCAAGAAAUAAAUGAUAAAACAUCUCUUGUGGAUAAUAUUGGAAUAAUAAAAAAUAUUCUGCUAUUAAUUCAAGAUUGGAAAAAACACAUAUCUGACUUUCCCUUUGUUUGGAAUAAAAUUCAAGAACUCAUGAGAAUUAAAAAAGAUAACUCCUGGGAUGUAGACUUUUCAUUUGUGUAUAAUUUAAACAAAGCCUGGAGACGACACAUGUUUAAGGAAUCUAUUGCACUUUCUCCUACUGAAAUAGUAUUUAUGAAUGCUUUGAAACAUGAUCCAAAUUUAUUGGUUCUAUACAACAAUGACAUAAAGACUUUGUGUGAAAAGGAAACAAUGUCAUUGAGAAUGUUUCUCAGUAAAUUGCGUACAUAUUGGCCGCAAAAUCUUGCUAUUGCAUGGAAAGAAUAUUACUUUGAACGCCUCGAAAAUUCGAGUGUUCAUAAAUUUCUCAUUCAAAAUCUUAUUUCAUUACUUUCACAAAAGGAAUUGUUGAGCAUACUGAAAAAAUAUGCCCCGAGCGAAAAAAAAAUUAACUGGAGUGAAGAGAAUGAGCGUUUACUUAGUAUUCGUAAAAAUAUAGCAAAACUCAUGCACAUGUCCAGACCGCUUCUCCCUAUAGAAGUUGUAUUACUUUAUGCCAAAGGAGACUAUUUGCAGUUCACUGUUCCAUCUUUAACAUCUAUAUUACAAAACUCCAGCCAAAUUCAAACUAAAAUGGAUAUUCCUUUGUUUAUGAAUGCACCAGUGUCUUUACAAAAAAUUGGUAUUAAUUUUGCUUUUAACAAACUUCAGUCUAAAGAACUAAAACCAUUGUUGUCAGAUUUAUGGAUGUCCACAAAAAAUUCAAGCAUACGCGCUGUUCUUUUUAAGCUAACAUUUGAUGGAUUGUGUAAAGAAAAAAAUGAUGCCGAAGCUGAAGAACUUUGGAAAAUUUUAGAAUCUUUUAUUGAAAACCUAUCCAGUGAAGAAAAUAAAAACAUUUACAAUAUGUUGGGUAAAAUUAAAACGGUGCCAUUAUCCAUAAGGGGAAGAUAUUAUAUGAGAAGUUACAUUUUACUGAAAUCAUUACCUCCAAAAGCUAAUUGUCAUUAUCUAUUGGAUAGGAUUAUAGAUUAUGCUCCUGAAGUCAUGGAUUUGUUAGAAAGCGAUUUCGUGGAGGAGAUUUUGAUUAAACCUAUGACAGAAACGCUUAACACCACAAAAUGUGAAUAUUUUUCUGUAAUCGCAUCUUAUUUACUUCAAUGUAAAGACAUUGCCGAACAAAAUGAAAGAUUUGAACGAAUUCUAUCACCAUUACUCGAUAACUAUUUACCGAGAUAUCACGAGGAACAUGAACAAAAAAGAUAUGUUCGAUGUAACAUUGAAAAACUGCUUGAAUCAUUAACGUUAAACGUGAAAGAUACGAUUUUGAAAAAGAAGAAUGUAAUCCCAUUGAAAAUGUUCAAAGAUAUUUUAAUUAAGCUUGAAAAUUCACUUUCAAUGGUAGAGAAUUAUCAAACUUUUACUGCUUGGAAACUGACAUUAGCAUUUAUACAAGUAACUCAUGCAAAUGAAAAAUUAUUGCCUGCUUUUGAACCUGGUAAUCUAGAUGACAGCGUGCAUGAAAAGUUAUGGGAAAAAUUUAUUUUUGAUAUAUCAGUGCCAUUAGCCAAAGAAAUUAUAGAUAUUCUAAACGAAAAUGUGAAAGCAUAUUCACUGGCUAUAGUCACGUUAUUUGGCGAGACUUUCGAAGAAUUCUUAAGAAACAUCUGUUACUAUAACAGAAAUGACUUGUUAAAAUAUAUUCUUCAGUCCAGUGAAUCGGAAGGUACCUACAUUUUUGUGACACAUUCAUUUAUUCCAUUUACAGGUACAGAUGAGGACAAAGAGAAACUUAAAAAUAUCAAAGAACUUAUAAAAUUACAUCCAUCACCUAUCGUACAAAUCCAUUAUCAUAAUAAGCUUGACAACUCACGUAUAGAAUCGUUUUAAGCUUUUAUUUGUUUCAUAGAAGUAUGGCUUACUGUGUGUAAUGAGUUACGUGAGCCUACUUACCCUGUGGUGGUAUGAGUAUUUGCCUACCACCAACAGCAGUGCUUAUUUGGUAGUCCUAACCAAUCCUUGAAAAUAAAAAAAA